AUGUGGAGGUUUGCGGAGGACUGCAACCUGCUUGUUGUAACGGAACUUGUGCAGAUCUGUCAUCCAGCAUUCAACGUUGUGGAGGAUGCAAUACAACAGUGUGCAAUGGUAAACUACCCGCCUGUUGUUCUGGCCAAUGCGCAGAUCUUAUCUCAUCUGCUACAAACUGUGGAACUUGUGGAACCAAUUGCACGGGAACCGAUCCUGCAUGCUGCCAAGGCAUAUGUUCCGACCUUUCUUCUGAUAUUUCUCAUUGUGGUGGUUGCAACAGCUCCCCCUGCACGGGAAUGA